AUGCAAACUAAAACUAUUCUCACAAAAACUUCUUCGGUCAUUAUUAGAAGAAAUUUUACAUCAAACCUCAAGACAACAAUAAUUAGACCAGCUAUUAUUACCUUGUCUGUUCAGACAAAUUUUAACAUUAGGGAUUUAUCAACACGAAAAAAUUUAUUUAAACUUGAGAAAAAUUCAAUAAAUCGAUUUUUUACAGCAGAGCCUGUAAACAAAGAAAGCAAUGAUAAUAAAUCAAGCGAGGAUAACAAAAAGGAUAACAAUAAUAAUGGAGAUAAAGAUGAUAAAAAUAGUCUUAAAAACAUCAGAAUUCCAAAAGGGGAUUUAUCAACACGAAAAAAUUUAUUUAAACUUGAGAAAAAUUCAAUAAAUCGAUUUUUUACAGCAGAGCCUGUAAACAAAGAAAGCAAUGAUAAUAAAUCAAGCGAGGAUAACAAAAAGGAUAACAAUAAUAAUGGAGAUAAAGAUGAUAAAAAUAGUCUUAAAAACAUCAGAAUUCCAAAAGGAAAUCCAAAAAUACAACCAAGAGAACUCAAUAAUACGCCACAAUUCAAUUUCAAUGCCAUCUUUCCUCUAUUAAUAACAACCUACAUUUUUUAUAAAAUCCUUGGUGGCAAUGAGAUUUCACGUGAGAUAACAUGGCAAGAAUUUAGAAAUGCAUUUUUGGAUAAAGGAUUAGUUGAUAAAUUGGUAGUGAUAAAUAAAAAAAAAGUCAAAGUAUAUUUGCAUUCUAAUGUAACAGGUCAAAUGUAUCCAAACUCGCCCACAUUAUCGUCAGGUCUAACAUAUUAUUUCAGUAUUGGAUCAGUAGAGGAAUUUGAAAGAAAGUUGGAAACUGCUCAAAACGAAUUGGGUAUUCCGCCAACCGAAAGAAUUCCAGUAGCAUACCACGACGAGAUAAAUAUGCUUAGUGCAUUAUUACAAUUUGCUCCAACCUUGAUCUUGAUUGGAGCAUUAUAUUAUUUUUCAAGACGUGCUGCUGGUGGAGCAGGAUCUCAAGGAAUUUUUGGAAUCGGCAAAUCUAAAGCAAAGUUGUUUAAUCAAGAAGCAGAUGUCAAAGUAAAGUUCAAGGAUGUAGCAGGUAUGGAUGAAGCAAAAGAAGAAAUCAUGGAAUUUGUAAAAUUUUUAAAAGAUCCAACUGCGUAUGAGAAAUUAGGUGCUAAAAUUCCCAAAGGUGCAAUAUUGAGUGGACCACCUGGUACAGGUAAAACACUACUUGCUAAGGCAACUGCAGGAGAAGCUGAGGUACCAUUCCUAAGUGUGUCAGGAUCAGAAUUUGUAGAAAUGUUUGUUGGAGUUGGUCCGUCCAGAGUACGUGAUUUAUUUGCCACAGCAAAAAAAAAUGCACCAGCAUUAUAUUAUUUUUCAAGACGUGCUGCUGGUGGAGCAGGAUCUCAAGGAAUUUUUGGAAUCGGCAAAUCUAAAGCAAAGUUGUUUAAUCAAGAAGCAGAUGUCAAAGUAAAGUUCAAGGAUGUAGCAGGUAUGGAUGAAGCAAAAGAAGAAAUCAUGGAAUUUGUAAAAUUUUUAAAAGAUCCAACUGCGUAUGAGAAAUUAGGUGCUAAAAUUCCCAAAGGUGCAAUAUUGAGUGGACCACCUGGUACAGGUAAAACACUACUUGCUAAGGCAACUGCAGGAGAAGCUGAGGUACCAUUCCUAAGUGUGUCAGGAUCAGAAUUUGUAGAAAUGUUUGUUGGAGUUGGUCCGUCCAGAGUACGUGAUUUAUUUGCCACAGCAAAAAAAAAUGCACCAUGUAUAAUAUUUGUGGAUGAAAUAGAUGCAAUAGGUAAGUCGAGGGGAAAGGUUGGACAAUUUGGUGGAAAUGAUGAAAGGGAAAGUACGUUGAAUCAGUUAUUGGUGGAAAUGGAUGGGUUUGGUUCCAGCGAACAUGUGGUUGUUUUAGCCGGCACCAAUAGACCAGACGUGUUAGAUCCAGCAUUACUAAGACCAGGAAGAUUUGACAGGCAUAUUGCAAUUGAUAAACCAGAUAUUAAGGGUAGAGCUGCCAUAUUUAAAGUACAUUUGAAACCUAUAAAAACUAAUGAAGACAUGGAACAUUUAUCAAAUAGAUUGGCCAGUUUAACACCAGGAUUUUCAGGUGCAGAUAUAGCCAAUGUGUGCAAUGAAGCAGCGUUAAUUGCGGCAAGGUAUUUUAAAGAGUCGGUGGAAGAAGAACAUUUUGAACAAGCGAUUGAGCGUGUUAUUGCAGGGCUAGAAAAGAGAUCAAGGGUGCUCUCACCAGAAGAAAAGAAAACCGUUGCAUACCAUGAAGCAGGACAUGCAGUUGCGGGAUGGUUUCUUGAGCAUGCUGAUCCAAUUUUGAAAGUUUCAAUUAUUCCGAGAGGUAUAGGCGCAUUGGGGUAUGCACAAUAUCUACCAAAAGAUCAGUACCUCUAUUCAACAUCUCAAUUGCUCGAUCGUAUGUGUAUGACAUUGGGUGGACGUGUGUCCGAACAAAUCUUUUUUAAUAUAGUGACUACAGGAGCUCAAGAUGAUUUACAAAAGGUUACAAAAUUGGCAUACGCACAAAUAUCAGCAUAUGGAAUGAAUAUAAACAUAGGACCACUUUCAUUUUAUAAUGCUGGUGACAAUGAGCCGCAAUUUCAGAAACCAUAUUCAGAAGCAACAGCCAGAAUGAUUGAUGAAGAGGCGAGAAAGUUAGUUGGAAUGGCAUAUGAAAGAACGCUUAAACUGUUGACAGAGAGAAAGAAUGAUGUUGAAAAGGUUGCACAGUUAUUAUUAUCAAAAGAGGUAUUGAACAGAGAGGAUAUGAUAAAUUUACUGGGUAAAAGACCUUUUUCAGAUAAACAUCCGAAGCAGGAGGAGGAGGAAGAAGAAGAUGCAAAUGAUAGUGAUGACAAUGACAAUGGCAUUUGCGACGUUGAUGUCGAAGAGGGCGAUGAAGAAAUGUUAGUGAAGAUAAAAAAAGAAGGAAAAGCAAAUUUGUUGUUGUUAUUUAUUAUUUGGGAAAAUUGA